AGGCUGUCUGUCCCAGGGCAAUCCGAACACGAACUUCGUUCAUGCUUCUAAGAUUAGUCUAGGCAAAGCGACCUCGCCAUGUCGCGCACAGUCGAGAUUCACGGUGCAGAAGGUCUCGUAGUAAAGGUUCCAACCGGCCUGUUCAUCGACAACAAGUUCAGUCCUGCGACGGACAAUCAGACCAUCGACGUUGAGAAUCCAUCCACGGGUGCCCACCUAGCCACAGUAUCCGCCGCUCAGGCCGCAGAUGUAGACCAAGCCGUGCAAUCCUCCUUGACGGCAUUCACGUCGUCAUGGCGGCGCAGCGAGCCGUCUACCCGGCGGGCGCUGCUGAACCGCUUGGCCGGCCUCAUAGAGAGGGACGCCAAAGAGCUCGCAUCGCUCGAGGCGGUUGACGCGGGACUGCUGUACCGCAUGUCUCUGGGCCUGAGCGUGGCCCAGGCGGCCGAGACAUGCCGUUACUUUGCGGGCUGGACGGACAAGUUGGGCGGGCAGAGCAUGCGCAUCGAACAGGGGAUGGCGUACACGCAGCGGGAGCCGAUUGGCGUAUGUUCAGCUAUUAUACCGUGGAAUGGCCCUCUCAUGAUUACAAUCUGGAAGCUUGCGCCCGCCAUCGCAGCCGGGAAUACCCUCAUAAUCAAGACCCCGGAGCUGGCACCGUUGUACGGACAGAAGCUAGCCCAACUCAUCGUCGAGGCCGGGUUCCCUCCUGGCGUCAUCAACAUCAUCUGCGGUCUCGGCCCCGUCGCCGGUCAAGCCCUGGCUGACCACCACCUCGUGCGCAAAGUGUCAUUCACGGGAAGCGCCGCUGUCGGACGCCGCAUCCUCGAGAGCUCGGCGCGGACCAACCUCAAGCGCGUGACGGUCGAGCUCGGCGGCAAGGGCCCGACGUGCGUGUUUGCAGACGCGGACUGGGAGAACGCGCUUGCCCAUGUCACGGCGGGCAUCACGGUGCACAACGGGCAGAUUUGCGCCGCGGGCAGUCGCAUCUACAUCCAGGACGAGAUAUACGACCGUUUCGUCGCGGAGUUCUCCAAGAGGACGAAGGACGCGGUUGCCGGAGACCCGUUGCUCGACAGCACGGUCAAGGGGCCGCUCGUGAGCGCCGGACAGCGAGCACGCGUCGAGGGCUACAUCCAAAAGGCCCUAAAGGAGGAUACGAAGCUGUUGCACGGAGCAGAUGCCAGCAGCCUCCAAGUGCCUUCCAAGGGACACUUUGUGCCCAACACAGCCUUUGUUGAUGUGCAGCCCUCGGCGACCAUCAUGCGCGAGGAGGUUUUCGGCCCCGUGGCGAGCAUCGCGCGGUUCCACACCGAAGAGGAGGUCGUCGCCCUGGCCAACGACUCCGAGUACGGGCUCUCGGCGGCAAUUUUCACCAGCGACGUGACGAGGGCCAUGCGCAUAAGCGACGCGGUCGAAUGCGGACAGGUGACGGUCAACAUGUGGGGGACCGUCAAUGCCAACACGCCAUUUGGAGGCUAUAAGCAGAGUGGGUUCGGCAGGGAUCUGGGCAAGGAAGGGCUGGAUGAGUGGAUGAAUGUCAAAUGCGUCAAGGUGAACCUGGGCCUCCUCAGCAGAUUGUGAUACGUAGUUAGUUAUAGCCAGGCCAAAUAUGUUUUUGUUGAGUUGUGGGCGGUGAUGCAAACCCACAUCCCGUAGCCAAGUCACUUCAGAGGCGUG